AUGUCCCGAACUCCGAAUAAUAAUAAUGGGAAUCAAAUGAUACGAGAUUGCAUUGAAAAAGCUGAAGCAUAUAAUAGUUCAAUGUUUCCAAAUAAUUCGUCAAUAUCAAUGAAUAUCAAAUCAAAAGACAAUUUUAUCGAUGUUACAGAACAAAUACUAUUUUGUCAAAAUGGAAUUGAUAAUUUAAAUAUUUCAUCAAAGAAUAAUAAGCCGACAUUUAAUCAAACAUCUAUUGAAGAUACUAAUCCAGUAAAUGAAGUACUAACGGUCGAUAUCAUUUCAAAUGGAUAUAAAUAUGAAACUUCGUCAUUUGAACUUAAUGUUGUACAAAAAUGUUGUGUUGUUUCAAUUAUUUCUCCAUAUGCAUUUACAAUUCAAUUAACAAGUAAUUUAAUUGAAUGUGACAAUUUUUUUAAAAACAUGAAUGAUUAUUAUAAUUCCAUUGAUGAUCUUCAAAUACCUCAAAAAUAUUUACGUAAAAAUCUUCUUUGUGUUACAUAUGAUGAAACGGUAUUUGCAUGGAAUCGUUCUCAAAUAAUGGAAUAUGAUUUAAAAGAAGAUACUGUUAAUGUUUUUUUUGUUGAUUUGAAUUCUUGGGAAGAAAAUGUUCCACGUUCACGUAUACGUUUUAUAUUAACAAAAUAUUCUUCUCGACCUGUUUAUUUACUAACAUGUCGUUUAGCAUCAAUUGCUCCAUUAAAUAAUGAUACCGAAUGGAAUGAUGUUGUAUCAAGAACUUUUCAAAAUGUUAUUCAUAAUUGUCAAUGUGAUGUUGAACCAUUAUAUAAAAGAUGUGAUAAUACAUUCUAUGUAAAUUUAUUUGCACUACAUGAUGAAGCUUACGUUUGUAUAAACGAUUUUUUAAUACAUUGUAAAAUGGCUAGACCUACUGACGAUACUACUAAUAAUGACGAUGCUAUUUAUAUGCUAGAUGAUGAUGGACAACCAAUGCAUUCAAUGAUUGUGCUUUAUUGGAAAGCUGGAGAAACAAUGCAUCAAACAGAUACUUCUGUUAAAAUUCAAAACGAUGAUCAUCCUUCAGCAGAAUCUACUGAGGCGUUUCAAACAAAACCUCUAUCUCUAAUAAAAGUAGUUCUAAUUAAUGAGAAAGACAAAUUAAUUUUUGCAAGAUAUAAUUCUUAUAUGAUGCUACCCUGGUUUGUUAUAUCAAAUAUUCUAAAUGAAUUGGAUGAAGAUAAAAUAAAAAUUCUUGCGAAUAAAUUUGGUUUUAAACCAAUUAUUAUUGAUCCUCUUUCACAUGCAUUACUUUGUUCACAAUUAUUAAAAUUGUCAUCUUCAAUGCUAAUAUCAACUCAAAUCAGUUUAUAUUCAAUUGAUUGUGUUAGAAAAAUUUUAAAAACAUAUCAUUAUAGACAAUCGGAAAUUUUUGAUUUAUUAGAUAGAGCACGUUUAGCUGAAGCAAAUAAUGAUAUUACGUUUUGGGAUCAAUCUUAUGAGAUUUUAUCGAUCAAGACACCAAAUGAAUCUGUUCCAUUGAAAACAUAG